AUGGGCUUCAUACCUCUUAACUCCUCCCAUUUCCUCCCCCUUUUCUCUCGUGAAGAUAUUUUGUCAACAUAGGCAAAUUUAUAAGUCUGUGAAACAAUAUGUCUUAAUAUUUUGAUCAAGAUAAAAGUAAAUUUAUGCAAGCAAUAGAAAAUAAUUGUGCAAUAUCCAGAAGUAGUUUGAGAUGAAAUUACGUUAACUACCCUAUUUUGCAUCCAUCAUCCUGAUUUAUGUUACUAGCUUAAAGUUCUUAGUGUUGAGAAGAACUGUCUUGUCUAGGUGUAUGCAACCAAUCUUUUGCAAGAAGCAAUAUGUAAAGGUAGCUUAUGGAUACUCAUACAAAGGAGAAAUUUCAUUUGUGUGAGGAAUGUAAUCAGUCAUUCAGACAAAAGUGUAGUUUAAACAAGCAUAUGCUUAUUCACACAGGAGAGAAGCAUCAAGGUGUUAAGUAACUUUUCAUUUAAAUUAAUCAAAAAUAAUUUAAAGUCAUUUAAUCAAAAAGCUCAUUUAAAAAUGCAUAUGCUUAUUCACCUAGGGAAAAAAACCUUAAAUGUAUCAUUUAUAUCAUCAUAUAUAGAAAUCAUUUAAUCAAAAAACUCAUUUAAACAUGCAUGUGCAUGUACACACAGCAGAGAAACCUUGCAUGUAGAAAGUAUGCAAUAAAUCAUUUAAUAAAAAAAGAAAAAAGAAAACUCUUUUAAACAUGCAUAUGCGUAUUAACACACUAGAGAAACCUCAUAUGUGCGAAGUGUGUAAAAAGACGUUUAGUGAAAAGGAUACUUUAAGCAAGCAUAUGCUUAUUCACACAGGUGAGAAACCUUACAUGUGUGAAGUAUGUAAGAGAUCAUUUAAUCAAAAAUCGGUUUUAAACAGGCAUAUGCGUAUUCACACAGGAGAGAAACCUUAUAUGUGUGAAUUUUGUAAGAAAUCAUUUAAUCAAAAACUAGAUUUAAACAGGCAUAUGCUUAUUCACACAGGUGAGAAACCUUUCAUGUGUGAUGUAUGUAAGAAAUCAUUUAAUCUAAAAGAUAAUUUAAACAGCCACAUGCGUAUUCACACAGGAGAAAAACCUUAUAUGUGUGAGGUAUGUAAGAGAUCAUUUAAUCAAAAAUCUGUUUUAAACAGGCAUAUGCGUAUUCACACAGGAGAGAAACCUUAUAUGUGUGAAUUAUGUAAGAAAUCAUUUAAUCAAAAACUAGAUUUAAACAGGCAUAUGCUUAUUCACACAGGAGAGAAACCUUAUAUGUGUGAAGUAUGUAAUAAAUCAUUUAAACAUAAAGCUGGUUUAAACACGCAUCUGCGUAUUCACACAGGGGAGAAACCUUAUAUGUGUGAAAAAUGCAACAAAUCAUUUAAUCAAAAAAUUCAUUUAAAUUUGCAUGUGAGAAUUCACACAGGAGAGAAACCUUGUAUGUGUAUUAUAUGCAAGAAAUCAUUUAAACGAAAAGCUCAUUUAAACAUGCAUAUGCGUAUUCACACAGGAGAGAAACCUUAUAUGUGUGAAGUAUGUCAGAAGACAUUUAAUCGAAAAGCUCAUUUAAACAACCAUAUGCGCAUUCACACAGGAGAGAAACCUUAUGUGUGUGAAGUAUGUAAGAAGACAUUUAGACUAAGGAUAAAUUUAAAGCACCAUAUACUUAUUCACACAGGGGAGAAACCCUAUAUGUGUGAAAUAUGCAACAAAUCUUUUAAUCAAAAAAUUCAUUUGAAUUUGCAUAUGAGCAUUCACACAGGAGAGAAACCUUAUAUGUGUGAUUUAUGUAAGAAAUCAUUUAAUCGAAAAGCUUAUUUAAACAACCAUAUGCUUAUUCACACAGGAAAAACUAUAUACAUGUGAAGUAUGUAAGAAAUAAUUUAAUCAAAAAGAUAAUUUAAACAGGCAUAUGCAUAUUCACACAGGAGAAAAACCUAUUAUGUGAGGUAUGUAAGAAGUUGUUUAGUGUAAAGGGUGCUUUAAACAAGCAUAUGCAUAUUCACACAGGAUAGAAACCUAUUAUGUGCAAAGUAUGUAAGAAGGCAUUUAGUGUAAAUUAUAGUUUAAAGAAGCAUAUGCUUAUUCUCACAGGUGAGAAACCUUAUAUGUGUAAAAUUUUAUGUAAUCAUUUAAUCGAAAAACCUCAUUUAAACUUCCAUAGGCGUAUUCACACAGGA